AUGGCGUUAUCUUGCAAAAAUAAACUCAGAUUCGUCGAUGGUUCUAUUCUCAAACCUUCGAAAAAUGAUCGGAAGUACGAAGUGUGGGAAUGCUGCAACGAUCUUGUGAUGACUUGGAUCAUCCGAUCAUUAUUUCCGAUGAUUGGACGCAGUGCACUCUGGAUUGACACUGCAUACGACAUAUGGAGAUAUCUAAAACGAAGAUUCAGCCAACAGGAUCUCUUCAGGAUCGCAGAAAUCAAGUGUGAAAUCUAUCAAACCAAACAAGGUGAUAGCAGUUUGAAUGAGUACUUCACUCAACAAAAAUUGUUGUGGGAUGAACUUCAAAUUCUCAGGCCUACCACAAUUUGUCAGUGCAUUUCUAAAUGCGAAUGUGGCAAGAAGAUAAAUGAGUUAAAUGAACAAGUUGAAAAGGACAAGUUGUCCAUAUUCCUUAUUGGCUUACAUGAUAGGUAUACUGGUGUAAGGAAUCAAAUGAUGCUCAUGAGACCACUCCCAGAUGUAUGUGAAGCUUAUUCCAUGAUAGCACCGCAAGAGAGACAGUUCCAUAUUGGAUCUAGUGGUUUUACUAACCAAAUGCAUCAAGCUGGUGAGAAUGGAGCUAUUGGAAGUGCUCUAAUGACUAGGGCUAGGGCAAAUGGUGGUUUUCAGCAGAACUACAAGAAGUUUGCAAGCAACAACAAAAAGCCCGUGUGUACUUUCUGUGGAUACACAGGACAUACAGAGGAUAAAUGUUAUAAAAAGCAUGGGUAUCCACCGGGUUGGAAGCCAAAACCUAGAGGCCAAGUAGCUAUAUACUUUUAA